CCCACUGUCGCUUUGUCCCAAUCGAGCAAAGAGAACACAGAGUCCCCACUAAGAGGAGCAGCAGCUUCGGAAGAGUGUAGAGAAGCGAGGCAGCGAUCAGAUCUCCUCCCACGAUCUGCCCCUCCGACCGAUAGCUCUGCGAUCGAUACUCCUCUCUGCAGCAUAAGGUCGUUCCAGAGGUCCAAAAUCUUUCUUCUUGACAAGCAGCAUCCUUGUUGCAUGUUUCAUCAGUCCACUGGAAUAAUAUUUCUUUGUCCUACAAGGUUCAAAAUCGAGCUGUAAAUGGCUAUCACAGAUACCCAGAAUCCAUUAUUGGGUGAAACCACAUGUGGGUCUUUGCUGCAGCAGUUGCAGCUAUUAUGGGAUGAGGUUGGUGAGUGUGAUGAAGAACGUGAUAGAAUGCUGCUUCAGCUAGAACAGGAGUGCUUGGAGGUUUACAAGAGGAAAGUUGAGCAGGCGUCAAAGACAAGAGUGCUUCUUCUCCAGUCCUUGGCUGAUUCAAAAGCUGAACUCAUCAGACUUCUUUCUGCUCUAGGGGAAAAAUCUUUCAUUGGCAUUCCUGAUAAGUCCUAUGGCACAAUCAAGGAGCAACUAGCAGCUAUAGCACCACUUCUGGAGCAAAUGUGCAAGCAGAAAGAGGAUAGGAUAAGAGAAUUUUCUGAUGUGCAACUUCAAAUUGAGAAAAUCCGUGGAGAAAUUGCUGGAAAUUUGAAGAUUGGUGAGCAAAUUGGGACAACAGUUGAUGAGGAGGAUUUGUCACUGAAAAAGCUGGAUGAGUACCAGUUCCAACUGCAAGAACUUCAGAAAGAGAAGAGCGAUAGGCUGCAUAAGGUCCUUGACUUUGUCAGCACAGUGCAUGACCUCUGUGCAGUUCUGGGGUUAGAUUUCUUUGGUACUAUAAUAGAAGUUCAUCCUAGUUUAAAUGACUCUGUUGGUGUACAAUCAAAGAGCAUCAGCGAUGAUACCUUAUCCAAGCUUUCUAGCAUGGUCACAGCACUUGAAGAAGACAAGAAAACGAGGCUACAAAAGCUUCAAGAGUUAGCUGCUCAGCUUACUGAUCUUUGGAAUCUGAUGGACACACCAAUGGAGGAACAAAGUUUGUUUAGUCAUGUAACAUGUAAUAUAUCUGCUACGGUGGAUGAGGUUACCAUUCCUGGAGCUCUCGCCCUUGACCUGAUUGAGCAGGCGGAAGUGGAAGUUGAAAGGCUAGAUCAGCUAAAGGCAAGCAAGAUGAAGGAAAUAGCUUUUAAGAAACAAACUGAGCUUGAAGACAUUUAUGCUCGUGCUCACAUAGACAUAGACUCUGCAGCUUCAAGAGAUAAGAUAUUGGCUCUAAUUGACUCUGGAAAUGUUGAACCUUCAGAAUUACUAGCAGAAAUGGAUCAUCAGAUACUGAAAGCUAAAGAGGAAGGGAUGAGCCGAAAAGAAAUAUUGGAAAAGGUUGAAAAAUGGAUGUCAGCAUGCGAAGAAGAAAGCUGGCUUGAAGACUAUAGUCGGGAUGAUAAUAGAUAUAACUCAAGUAGAGGUGCACAUUUAAAUCUCAAGCGUGCAGAAAAAGCUCGGAUAUUGGUUAACAAGAUUCCAGCUCUUGUUGAUAUGCUAAUUGCCAAGACUCGAGCAUGGGAGGAGGAUCGUGGCAUGUCAUUCAUGUACGACGGUGUUCCACUUCUUGCUAUGCUAGACGAAUAUACCUUGCUAAGGCAGGAAAGAGAGGAGGAAAAACGAAGGCAGAGGGAUCAGAAGCGCAUUCAUGAGCAACUUGCCACUGAAAAAGAAGCUUUGUUUGGUUCAAGGCCAAGUCCAGCCCGGCCACUUGGUCCAAAGAAGGUGAUGGGCCCUCAUGCAAAUGGCGGCGCAUCUAAUGGAACCCCCAGUCGGCGGCUAUCCCUUAACGCCAACCAAGGCAGCAUGAACGGCAUCAGAUCCAUGAGCAGGGAUGGAAAAAGAGACAGUAACAGGCCAGCAGCUCCAGUGAACUAUGUUGCCAUAGCAAAAGAGGAUGCAGCCUCCCAAAUGUGUGUCACUGAGCAAGCUCCUGCUUCACCAUGAGUUGUUGCCAUGAAUAUGUUUGCGCCUUUUCUUCUUAACCUGAUGCAGUCUUUUGUUAGGUUGUGAUGAGUUGUGGAGAGUGACUGUAGUUCAGGGUUGAGGAGUGACUGUAAUCAGGGUUUUGAUACUCUUCUUUAAUUGGCCUGUUGACUUUUGAGAACAUAAUAUUCUAUUAUUGUAAGAUUCCAUAGCUUAGCUGUAAGAAUAUAGGUUUCUUCAUUCA